AGCGCGAGAUUCGAACUCGCGCCAAAGUGUGUUCCACAGUGGAUACUAUCUCUCUUUUGGGUUACAACGCGAAGUGGCCGACAGGCGAAAUGCCGGUGCCAGUUUGGGAUUGCUCUGACCUGGGCCUGUUAGACGAGCCCCAGGACACCGCCACGGUGGUGUCCAACGACAUAUGGAAGAAGUUCGAUUUGGACUUCCCGCUGGACCGAGUGGACGCCCACUUUGAAAUGUAUCACGAGCGGCCGUUCGACGAUGGCGUCUUGCCGGACCUGCUGUACGACAAGAUGACCUGCCUGGAGUCCCGGGAGAUACGUCAUCACGACUGCAUGUGGGCAGGUCUGUGCAUCAGUAAAGAGCAUAACAGGACGUUGCCCGCGAAGAAGGACUCGCAGAUACAGAAAAAGGUGCCAGCCGGUCGAAGCGUGCUUAUAUCACGGGCGAGCGCCGUUCACUUAGGGACCACGUUGCCGAUCAGUCAGCAGGCCCAGCAACAGUGCCGUGCAAAAAAUCUGGAGAGCGACGGCGAUUCCACUAGGCCGGAAACACCACAAAGCUCCAGCUCCGACACAGAAACCGAGGACGAGGGUCCGUUCUUCAGACACGAUCAGAUCAACAUACACGAGAAGCUGUCAGAGUGUAUGUCAGAGGCAGCUACCAAGGCAGUGCCAGUCAGCGAGGUCACCGGUCAGCAGGUCAGGUUCCACGACAGGAGGAAAGAGGAGGACGAGAGUCAGUGUCAAGUGCAUCGAGAGACGAAUAUCAGGAACACCCUCAGCGACCAUUGCUAUCACCUGAACCAGCCGAUCGGCAAGAACCUGGAACACCUUGGCGUGCAGACACCCUCCGAUUCCGAGGAGGAAGAGAUCGACGUGGUGACGUUCGAGAAACCGUGCAGACCAGCAGCGUUACCAACGUACCCGAGCCUAGCCGACCAGCAGCACUUCCAGCUGACGGUGAACACAGCCUUCAAAGAGAAGGCUCCUGGUCCCAGACCACGUGGCCGACCUCCCUCGAACCCGGCACGGAAGAGAACCGCCCAGCCCGAGCACAAACCCGCGAAGCGAGCUCGUCACAGGACCUACCAGAGGAGGAGCAAGGUGGGACGAUGCAUGUCCACGUCGCCACCGUCGAUGAAGCUGAGCCAGAUGUCGAACGCCUCGAGAAGCUCGUCAGACGACGAAUUGGACACGGAGAAAAGGAGCUUGCACAACAACAUGGAACGCCAGAGGCGGAUAGAGCUGCGGAACGCGUUCGAGGAGCUGCGCGUGCUCGUGCCGGCUGUCGAGGCGAAGGAGAAGGCACCGAAAGUCGCGAUCCUGAGGCAAGCGGCUGUGUACUGUGAUAUGUUGAGCGAGAUGGGUCAGAUCACCGUGGCGAAGGUGACGGAGCUGAGGCGGCGACAGGAGAAGCUUCGAGCAAGGCUCAGUCAGCUUCGGAGGAGUCUCGCCAUGACGCGUUGAGGGAGAGACUCGGGAGAAUCGUGUCGGAUUCAGCCCACCAACACGCGAAAGCAAAUACCUUGCUCGGAAUGUUCUAGAGUCGAGUUUGUUACCCCAUACGAUCGGCGACAAAUCUCCACUCGACGUUUCGAGGCUAGACGAUUUUCGGAUAUGCCUGCACGCGAACCAGGAACACCGCCGCCAUGUCUAACUGACUCUGGCUUCGGUCGCACGCCAUUGGGCGUCAGCACUUGCAACAGCGCAGCAGUGGGCAGCCAUGGCGCUGUUGGGAGCGGACGAGAGUGUGCUCUUGGUCCGAUGAUCGGGGAAGAGGAAAACGCUGUGUUGCGGUUCUGUGGUUCACGAUUCGAUCGGAGUUCGCGGAGCUUGGGCGGAUAUGGGGUGAACCGAAUCUUUGAAAAUCCGUUACCGUAGGAGAAAGAAGUUUUAUGUACAUAUACACGUAUGUAAGGACAGAGGCGGAGAUAGAGAGAGAGAGAGAGUGAGUGAUAGAGGGGCCGAGUUUCGUUUGCUUCGGACAAAGGGAGAAUGGAAGGGCGUGGAUGACAGCGCGUGUGACGAACGGAGGACGGAGAGAAGAGAUACGAAGUAGCUGGCGCUAGAAUCGGCACCAAACGUUACGAGAAAUCGAAGAGAUCGAUUAAAAGAGCUUUGAAGAGGAUAUUUAUAUAUGUAUAUUUGUAGAAGAGAUUCUUCGAAUGGCAAGCUGCGAAAGAGAGGCGAGGGAUUAAUCGAAGAUUGCUUUGGCCGAGUUCACGAGGUAUCUGUAAGGACGCAAAACUGAGUUCAGCUAGAGUUUAGAGAGAGAGAUGAAACGUUAUCGAUUAUAGAUUCCGAUUUUUCAUUAUUUUUUUUUCUUUUUUUCUUCUCUUUUUAUACUUACGCAUACACCACGACGUAAAUCACGGUAAAAUGCACUGCGAGAAGAAAGAACCACGAGGCUGAAUCACGCUCGAAUAAUGUCAAUUUUGCUAUUUCAAUUUUUUUUGUCCUUUUCAUUGUGCGGAUUCUCGAUCAGUGUCAUCUUAUCGCGCGUAAAUUAUCGACUAAGACCGGUUCCCCGAGCCUGGGAAUUGGCAGCGUCGCGUAUAUUUUAGGGAAAAAUAUGUUUCACGGCAAUAGAAACGCGUGGAAACGAUCGACAAGAGAUCGAGCAGACGAUCGCGAGACUAUUUAUCACGCAUUUCUCGCGCGUUUACGCUCGAACACGCUUGCGUUUCGUAUUUCUCGAAAUAUAUUUGCAUUUAAAAGCGUCGGGACAAUUUCGCGGGAGAAAGGCAAAAGAAAAACACAGAGAGAGAGUGGAAAAAUAGGACGAGCGAACGAUUGUUAAUGUCUCGACGAUUCCAAUAUGGCUGCCAAGAUGGCGUCGCUCGAUCUCGUCGGUCGUUUGGCACCUCGUUCUGCGAUGCGCGAGCCACGCUGGUUAAACGAAGGCUUAUCACUGAACGGUGUCCGGCGUUGGUAUCACCGGUUCCCAGCUAACUGGUCUUAGGACGUAUUUCAGGGCUGAACCGGUUUCUAGGUGUACCUUUCUUUUUAGAAAAUUAACGAAAAGGGGACAACUGGUAGGAAAAAAGGGCGAGAAGCGUACGCAAGGUUUCGAUCAUUGGUAUAUAGGCGGUGGUUCUUUUUCCAAAACUCGUAUCGACGUGUUGGGACACGGGAGAGAGAGGCGAACUACUCGGCAUUUCCGCGUCAAUGACUUUGUAUCGAACGGUAAAAACGUUCGACAGGUCGGCACUCGGACGCAUGCGCGCGGCGUUGCUGUUGCACGGCGACAUCGCGUGAUUCGAUCGAAAUUAAAUUCGUAGAUUAUGCUCACCGGUUAUCAUCGAGCGAGUGUUGGAAAUCGAACGGGAUGAAGGCACUAGCGACAUACGACUGUUCAGAACUGUUGAUAUCCUUCGCGAUCCUCGCAAUUUCGGCUUGUUUCGAACGAUUUGGAGGUUAGAAAUUUUAGCAAGGCCCCUAAUUGCAACGCGGACGAUCGAGAACCGUCGGGAGAUCUCGAAAUCGAUUCAUAUUCUUCGUCCUUUGGCGAACCAGUG